AUGGUACAGGACGUACAGGACGUACAGGACCCUGGCUACUUGACCUAUAGAUGGAUAGCCUUUGCCUUAUGGUCGGGAUCCUUCCACCGUGUUGGUGACAUUGACGCUGAGGCGAGGCCGACCAGGCCGGAUGUCGCGACUCCCGGUACUGCGACAGCCAAGAGCGUCCGUCUUCCGUCUCCUGGAGAUUCUGCUCCGGAGAAAGAUUAA